AUGGGUGGUGCGCGAACGGCUCCAGAGAAACUACAUGAGCGCGAUAUUGAUAAUUCAAAUGCAACCCUUAAUACUCUAUUUGGGGCUGCUCGACAAAAGUCAUGGAUGGUGGGUGGAACAACACCAGUGCGCCCAACUCCUAGGACACCUGUGACAAAGAGUACCCUAACUCAAGUGGCUCAGCCCCAAAAAAUAAUCGCACCAUUGCCCACUGAAAGAUUAACAAGUUUGACAUCUAGUAGACGCCGGCCAGCUGCAAUUAAGUGUACUCAAACAGUGACGGUCUCACCAAAAAGCAAGGCUAUGGGAAACUCUGGUUUAACAGAAGAUGAUCAAAGGAAUGAAGAAAACUUGCGUAUCAAUGUUUCACAAAGUUCCAACCUUACAUCUAAAGAAGCCCAGAAAGUGGCUCGGAAAAUUCAAGAAAUGCAGAAACCCCGGGAGGGUUCUCAGCCUCAAGAUGCCCAGAUAUCCCAAGAAGUUCAGCAACCUCAGAAGGCUCAGGAUGCACCGCAAAUCCCAGAGGUCCAGAGAUCCGAAGAGGCUCAGAAAACCCAAAAUAUUCAUCAAGUUAAGCAGCCUUUAGAAAUUCAAAGAUCCCAAGAAGUUCAACAGCCUCAGGAGGCCCAAAAGUUACUAGAAGUUCAGAGAUCAGAAGAGUCCCAGAAUACAAAAAUAGUUCAGGAAAUUCAAGAAUACCAGAAAUCUGAUGAACCCCAGGAACCACAAGAAGUCCAACUACCCCAAGAAAUUCAAUCCUCUCUAGAGAAUCCACAAUCUCAUGAAGCACAAGGAACUCAGCUUUCUCGAGAAACUCUACAACCCCAAGAAGCUCAGCAACUCGAAGAACAAUCCUCUCCAGAACCCCCAAAAAUACUACAAUCUCAAGAAGCUCCAGGUAUUCAGCAACCUCAAGAGAUUCCACAACCUCAAGAAAUCCAGCAAGCCCAAGAAACCCAGCAAGCCCAAGAAACCCAGCUGACCCAAGAAACCCAGCAAACCCAAGAAACCCAGCAAUUCCAAAGCGUCCAGCAACCUGAGGGAGUUCAGCAACUACAUGAAAAAAGACCUCAAGAAGUUCAAGAAGCUCAAAAAGUCCAAGAAACUCGUGAAGUUGAGCUAUCUCAAGAAACAUGGGAAACUGAAGAACUUCCAGAAAUCCGAUCUGUCCCAAAAAGCACUGAUACCCAAAACCUAUUAGCUGCAGUGAAUUCUACGGAUACAAUAUUUCAAAGAUCUGAUUCCAUACAACCGAGUUCAUACUCAAAUAGACACACGGAUACAUCCGCAGAAAUAGCUCUGGCUAGAACUGCAGAUGUGAUGACGCCGAUGCUGCAGACGGGAAGAACUACCGAAGUUCAGCCAACUCAGUCACAACCUCUUUCAUUGGCAACCUUUCAAUCUACAAGAGAAUUUAUGACAAGCGAAUCGCCUCUAACUUCACCACUUUCAACUGAUUAUUACCCCACAACACAAGGAGAAUCAUCAAACUUGAUCAACUCACCAGGCAUUUACAGUGAACAAUUAUCAAUGUCAACUGGGUUUAUGGGAGAUCAAAAUAGCAUCCAUGCAAGUCAUUUAUCCCCUACAAUUUUCACCACUCCUAAUAGUCCGACGCCGCAAAUGCAGAGAAAUACUCAUAAUAUAGCACCUGUAGUAAAUGAGAAUAAUUCUCAAACACAAUCUAACCAAGACUCGAUGAUUUAUUCAAUUAAGGGCGGAUUGGCGAUGAUUGAAGCUCAAUUGAAAUCUGUUGGUGGUUUAGAAAGUCUUAAUAUUGGCCUCGAACGACCACGGUUUCAAUUACUCACUGAGGCAUGCAAUGCUGAUGACUUAUUUUACGUUAUUCUCCAUCAAUUAUUUGUAAUCUGGGAUUCUAAGCCUCAAGAAGUGCUAAGUAUGCCAAAUGUUCCUGAUGCAAAAAUUCUACAGGCAGGAUUUGUGAUAGUUGGGAAGCUGAUUCAUGAAAACGACCAGCUAGCACCGAAUCACAGACGAUGGUUUUCCGGAUUCCCUAUCCCACUACUAGACCUCUGGAAGAACUCUGAUAGGUGCCGAAGGACUCUGGUCGAUGUUUUUAUCUGCAUCGAAAAACUAACUAAUCAUUGGUACAACUCCAUGUAUGAUUGCAAGACCCGUGGCUGCCCAUUUCUUGUAGACGAACUCGUGAGUAAGCUUGGAAUUCUAUCUCCUAUAUUUCAAGGUGUUCUUUUCACUGCCACACGUCGCAACAUGGGAAUUCAGGGCGAAGAUGCUAUAAAGGCUAUGGAGCAAGUAUUUAAAAGGGACCAAACUGAACAUCAAAACUUAAUGGCUCGUUUAUCUACCACAAACCCACCAACAGUAAAAGAAGUGCAUGAUAGAAAUAACGCAUUAAUAAUAACUUACCAAAAAUUAUGUAAUCGAUUCCAGCUACACAGUUCACCACAUGUCAACAACACGAGUAUGCCUGUAUCUUCUAGUGGAAUGUCGGGUCCUUUGAAUUUACCUCAACCGCAAGUCAAUUCACCAAUCUCAUGGCCACCUCAUGUUUCUAAUCUUAACCCUUGGCAUACUUCAAACCAACAUCACCGAUCCAUGGGCAUGUCACAGAGUUCCACUAGUCCUCCUCACAAUACUAUUGUCGGUAUAGAGUCAGUAAAUAGAGCAUCACAUCAAUCCCAGCCAAUCCCACUCAAUAUUCAACAAUCCCCAAUAAGUUCAUCGGAUCAACAAUACAGCCAAAUGAAUACCACAAUGAGAAAUAACGCACAAGCUACUCAAAUUAUCUCUACUACAUCUCCACAUACUAGCACACCUUCCCAUGGGGUGAUACCUCAGUCAAAUAAUCGCCGUACAUUUGAAGCACAACCUCUGCUGACAACUUAUCAACAGCAGCCCUCUCAAGGGACUUCAACAGGAACUAACUGGCAAAGCUUUGGGCCGCAACAACGCCGACUGUCUUUUCAGCAGCAGAAAGCCCAGCAUCAUUCCCAGUAUCCACAGAAGCCCAAGAAUUCUCAAAAUCCUCAAAAUCCUCAGCAUCCUCAGUAUCCUCAGUAUCCCCAGAAUUCUCAGAAUUCUCAGCAUCCACAGUAUCCUACAAACUCUCAGUAUUCUCAAAAUUCUCAUCAUCGCCAAACCUCCCAGCAUCCCCCGAAUCAUCAAAACCCACACCGCUCUCAGCAUACACAGCGUCCCCAGCAGUCACUCCACUCACAAUAUAACCAGGGAAAUAUUCAAGCGCAAGUCCAGGUGCAACGACAACAACAAUACUCACAGAACAUGCAGGAAAAUAUACAGUUACAACGGCAACAACAACAGCUUUUAGCUAGGCAGCAGAUUCUUACACCUAAUCGUUCAAGUAAUGCAGGAAAUCAAGUUGCUAUCCAUAAUGGGGGUCAGAAUGAAUCAAUUACAAGGAGCAACGCAAGUAGCAACACAAGUAGCAGUGUAUCCACAAGGAAUUUACAACAAUCGGAAACGAUGAGGACUAAUAAUGCUAGUGGAAAUGGAUUACGAAUACAGGGUACGAGUCAGCAAGCUAUUCCACCGGCCUAUUUUAAUAGUAUGCCCGCCCUGUCCUUUUACCACAACCUCUCAGAUAGGAUUAAAAAUGAUAUCCAUGUGUAUCAACAAACUUCUGCUUUAAAUAGAUCCAUUGUUCCCCCACAAAAUUGGUUACAUCCACCCAGUAUGACCAGUAUCAAUCGCCCAGAGCUAAAUGCCCUACAUCAAGCCCUACUCUGCUCUCCUCUAUUAGUCCCCGCCAAUUUUAUAUCGACGGAAGAAAAACAAAAAGAUUCAACAUAUCGACAUUAUCAAGCCGUCAAAUAUUUAGCGAUUUUGCCUACCAAUAUCACAAAUAGGCCCAUAUCAAGGCUUGAAUUUACCGUACCGAAGGCCGAUAUUUGUAAGAUCCCUGUGGACGUAAAAUCAGUCGGUGGAAAUUUGCCGACCCGUAAAUUUGAGAAAGGCACUUUACAGUAUAGAAUACGAUGCGUUCAGAUCAAAAGAACUGAAAAUAACAUAUUAGAGAGUGACUGGAUGGUUAGAGAAACAAGCUGGCCUGAGACUGCAUCUCUAGAUAUCAAUUCAAUUCAACUAGAAUCGCGAAGAAAGACUCACCAUGGUAGAGAUCUGCCGAUUGAUAUUACACAGUAUGUGCUUCAACAUGGAGUUGAGUCACCGAACGUUAUCACUGUAUCAAUGAUUCAAGGACGUUGUGAAUAUAACUACUUUCUAGCGGUUGAAGUAAUUGAAAUACUAGAGCACUCACAAAUUCUCGAUAUGUGUAAGGAUAUAAAUAGGCUUCCUGCUAGUCAUACUCUUGGCAAAAUAAUGAAGAGUUUGGGGCCGCAGUCUUCAGAAAGCCACGAUGAUAUCGAAGUAGUUACUAGCGAGAUCUCGAUUAAUCUUUCGGAUCCAUUCACAUCAUGCAUCUUCGAAUUACCCGUGCGUGGAAAAGAAUGUCUUCACCGUGAGUGCUUUGAUCUUGAGACUUUCCUCCUUACUCGGACAAGUAAGCCAAAACGACCAAGUCAGCCUUGUAUGGUUGAUGUAUGGAAGUGUCCUCUAUGUGGUCAGGAUGCCCGUCCCUGGAAUCUUCAGAUCGACGGCUAUUUAGAGACAGUCAGAAAAGAGAUUGCUGCCCAAGGUAAUCUAGAUAUUGUCAAGUCAAUUCGGGUCAAGCCAGACGGUACGUGGUAUCCAAAAAUUGAAAAACGUAAGGCAUCAUCCGACUCUCAAGAAAAAAAUGAUUCGAGCGAUGGUGAGAGUACAAUUUCGUUUAAGGCAAGACAAAAGAAGAUGAUUGAAGUCAUAUGCUUAGAUGACGAAUGA